GAGAGGGAAUUUGCCUAAAGCUCUGGUUUCCAUCCAGUUUUUCAACAGCACGUUCCGCAUAAUGCACACAAAUCAGCUUUUCAAAGCAGGUCUUGGAAUUACUGCCAAUAUAGAAACAGCAGCAAUGGCGCCCGGGACGAAGUCCGCAGGGCAUAGAGCAGAAGCAUCCAGUUUCUAAAAUAACCGAAAGUGAAAGUAAGGCCUGGGACUGAGCUCUGCUCGUCGCUGAAGCCAGAGAGUCAUGGAUGCUGAUAAAGACAACAUAAAGCAAGCUUGUGACGAGCGCUCAGCAGAGAUGGACAUUAUACGAGGCGAACAGAGCAAGGGAUUACUUCAUGAAAUUAUGAGUGAAAACAACAAACUAGACGAGGAGAUCAAAAAACUUGAAGCUGAAUUGCAAUCGGAUGCCAGAGAAUUCCAAAUUAAAGAGAAUGUACCAGAAAAAAAGCUUAAAUUCACCUCAGUGGAGAAUCCUGAGGACGGCUGCCAUUUCUCAAAUAGCUCCUGUUCGUUUCAAGUGAGCUCACAGAUUCUCUAUGAGCUGCAGAAAGGCCAAGCGCUCAUCACCUUUGAGAAGGAAGAAGUUGCACAGAACGUGAUAUCGAUGGGGAACCAUGUCGUGCAGAUGGAGGGCGCCUCGGUGAAGGUCUCUGCUCAUCCAGUCCCACUAAACACAGGCGUCAGAUUCCAGGUUCAUGUGGACAUUUCUAAAAUGAAGAUCAAUGUUACGGGAAUUCCCGAUGAGCUGUCUGAGGAGCAGACAAGGGACAAGCUGGAGCUGAGCUUCUGUAAGUCCAGGAAUGGCGGCGGCGAAGUGGAAAGCGUGGACUAUGACAGGAAGUCCAGAAGCGCAGUCAUCACGUUUGUGGAAGCUGGCGUUGCUGACAAGAUUUUGAAAAAGAAAACCUAUCCUCUCUACAUGAAUCAGAAGUGCUAUAGCGUUGCUGUCUCUCCAUUUAUAGAACGACACUUGAAAAAGUACCAGGUGUUUUCAGCUGUGUCCAAGAAGACAGUGCUUCUGACCGGGUUAGAAGGCGUUCGUAUAGACGAGGAGAAUGGGGAGGACUUACUCAACAUCCACUUCCAACGGAAGAAUAACGGAGGGGGAGAAGUGGAGGUGGUCAGGUGUUCUCUAGAUCAGCCCUUCGCAGCAUUUUUUGAAGAAGAGGCCAGAGAAACCAUAUGAAACUUAAAGCCUUGAACUAAAAUCACUGCCAACAUUUACAAAAUAUUGUUUCCCAUAAAACCAAAAAAAUUAAUUUGUCAGUGUCUUCUUAUUCUUUGAUGCAAAAUCUAUUCCUGACUCUUAAAAUUCUUCUUUGUUUGAGCUCUGUUGUGUGUUUACAAAUUCAUGAGGGGCCUGUGUGGGAAGAGUUUGUUUUUCCUAAUCUUUGGGCAUGGACUCUCAGUCAACACUCAGCCCCCUCGGAUGUCCCCUGCUCCUGCUGUCUGUCUCUGUCAUAAUCAUAUGAGCCAAUUCCAUUUUGGUCCUUUGCCCAGCAAUAUGUAGAUCUGAUGCACAAUAUCUUCCAAAAGAACUCCACUUCAAAUUAGCAGUCUGUAGAUUUAGAAGGACUUAACCAGAUUCAAGGGGCUGUUCCACUUUGCAUAGCCUUUCAAAACUCAGAGCUAGGUAGCUGUUUUCUACUUUACUCAGAGUGCCAAGCACCUACU